AUGCGUUUUCUCACCACCAUUGUCGCGUUCACCGGGUUGGUGACUGCGCUCCCUAGCCGCAUCGAAGAGAUCAGGUCGCUGGACCUCCUCGAGGACCUCUCAAAGAAGCAAACUCUCGUGACCCGGCAGAGCAGUCAGACCAGAAACGAGCUCCAGACCGGUGGGACUUGCCCUCCGAUCAUCUUCAUCUAUGCUCGCGGCUCCACUGAGGGCGGCAACCUUGGCUCGUUGGGACCGUUGAUCGCCGACGUGCUCGAGGCCAACUAUGGCGCCAACAAUGUCUGGAUCCAGGGUGUCGGUGGCAACUACAAGGCCAACUUGCUUGACAACCUGCUUCCGGACGGCACCACAGCAGCUGCCAUCACAGAGAUGAAGAACCUCUUUACCCUGGCCAGCACCAGAUGCCCAUCGGCCAAGAUUGUGUCUGGUGGCUACAGCCAAGGCGCUGCCCUCACGGCUGCUGCCAUCCGUGACAGCACGGCCGCCAUCCGGGAAAAGAUCAAGGGAGUUGUUCUGUUUGGCUACACCAAGAACCGGCAGAACAAUGGUGGGAUCCCCAACUAUCCUUCCAACCGCCUCACGGUAUUCUGUGAGAGUGGAGACUUGGUGUGCUCAGGGACAUUGAUUGUGACACCUGCGCACGGCGAGUAUCAAGACGAGGCUCGCGAUCAAGCACCCAAGUUCCUCAUUGCUCGCAUCAACGCCAGCUGA